AAAAAAAAAAAAAAGAAAAACAAGAAAAAAACCCACCGGAGCUCUCUCGUUCCAAAACAAAGCCCCCAUUGAGAAGAAGAAUUUGCAAAAAAGCAAAUAAAAGGAGAGAAACCCAUUUAUCUUUCUGUUCUCUACGAUGCGAAUAACCCAAUUUUUUCAUUAUUAUUUCAUCUUUUAAGAAUCCUGCUUCUCCCCUUUUCCCCUUCAAUCGUAUGAUCCUCCAGGAGCCGAAUUAUUCAAAGAGAAAUUUUAAUUUUAAUCAAAAGGGUAUAGUUCAACUUGAUUAUGGCUCCGAAUUUGAUUCUUUCCACUCUUGUCAGUUCGAUUCUAUGUCUUUUCCUGUUGUUCUCGAGUUUCAUUGGCCCCUGUCAUUCGUUCGUCGAUUUUGCUCCUCACAAUACCUUCACAGUUUCUAGCCUUACAUACCCUGAUACCCAUUUGCAGCCAUUUCAGCUCCGCUAUUUUAGAGUUGAGUUGCCGCCAUGGUUCUCAUCAUUGUCUAUUUCAUUGAACUCAGAUGUAGAUCUCGCCAUCACAAAAGCAAGAAAGAUACCGAAGCGUGCUUUGCCUAUUAUUUGUUUCAGAGAAGGCAGCCCCCCACUGCCGGAUGCUUCAAACACUUCCAUAAUAGAUUCAGGGUUGGCUCCUUUGACCAACGUUUCAAUUGAGGGGAUCCAAGGUCAUCAAAAUCUGGAGCUAUGCUAUCCAAUGCAGCGAUAUAUUGAAGUAAAGUUGACAAAUGAGCAGAUACCUCCAGGAGUCUGGUAUUUUGGUCUUUUCAAUGGCAUCGGGUCUUCAAGAACACAAUCGAAGAUGAUAGUCCGUGGGUCUUCAUAUACUUUCACUGCCAAUGUUACAGUUGAAGGGUGUUCACCCUCUACAAUGUUUGGACAAUAUUGCAAUCAAACAGUUGAUCCGCUCUCGUGUUCUUUAUCGGAUGGUCGUAAUGUUGCUGAAAAUGUUUUAGAAGCUAUGUCAUAUAACCAAACAGUUGAAAGUUUGGUUGCAUGCAGGAGUACAUUUAAAACAUCUUGUCUUGGAGACGGUGAAACAAAAAUGUACUACUUGGAUGUCGAAGGUGUGGCAGAGGAGCUGACCAUUUCAGCAACAGAUGUGAGUCUCAACUUAACACGGUCAGAUAACUCUAGUAAUGUCAGUGGGAUUAGUUUGACGGGCUUUGCUCGUCUUGGUGCAAUUCCUUCAGCUGCCCUGCAUGAUUAUUCCAGUAACUUAAACACGGGCCCUUUGGUUAUCCGUUCUCCAAAAGUUGGCCGAUGGUAUAUCUCCAUAGGUCCUCUUAAUCUUUCAAAAGAACUUGGAAGCGUUGCGGCCAACAAUGCGAGAGUUUGUUAUUCCAUAGAAUCAUAUGUGCUUCAAUGCCCCUACGGAAAGACUGGACCUAAUUGUACAUGGAACAGAUACAUCCUUCAGGCGAUCGUUCGAAGAGGUUCAUCCCCUUUUGAAUCAUAUUUUAUGCCGAUCAAAGAACAGUACUUCGAAGUGCCAAACUUUGCUGUUGAACCCCUUCUAAGCAACACGUCAAAUCAUGGACAACAGAAGUAUGCUUGGACUUAUUUUGAUUUGGAUGUUCCUCGUGGUGCAGCUGGAGGAAAUAUCCACUUUCAAUUAUCAGCUACUAAGACAAUGGAUUAUGAAGUCUAUGCUAGAUUUGGUGGAUUACCGUCUCUUGAUAACUGGGAUUAUUGUUACAAAAACCAAACCAGCAACAGUGGUGGCUCAACAUUCCUUUCCCUCUACAAUUCAAGUAACGUAAAUAUAGAUUUCCAUAUUUUAUACGCCAGUGAAGGAACUUGGGCUUUCGGAUUAAGGCAUCCAGUUAACAGAAGUUUGGCUGAAGAUCAGACAAUUAUGUCAAUCGUGCUUGAGCGAUGCCCGAACAGAUGCUCAUCCCAUGGAAGAUGUGACUAUGCUUUUGAUGCCAGUGGAGCCACAACAUAUAGCUUUUGUUCCUGUGAUCGAAAUCAUGGAGGCUUUGAUUGCAGCAUUGAGAUUGUAAAUCAUAGAGGGCAUGUGCAACAAUCAAUUGCUCUCAUUGCAUCAAAUGCUGCUGCCAUUUUUCCUGCCUUUUGGGCUCUUCGACAAAAGGCUCUAGCAGAGUGGGUACUGUUUACCUCAAGUGGGAUUUCAAGUGGUUUAUAUCAUGCUUGUGAUGUGGGCACUUGGUGUCCAUUGUCAUUCAAUGUAUUACAGUUUUUGGACUUCUGGCUCUCUUUCAUGGCUGUCGUUAGCACUUUCGUGUACCUAGCUACGAUCGAGGAAGUUUAUAAAAGGGCGAUCCAUACUGUUGUUGCAAUCCUAACUGCUCUCAUGGCUAUAACCAAGGCAACACGGUCUUCCAAUAUCGCUAUUGUGCUAGCGAUUGGUACACUCGGUCUUCUUGUUGGAUGGCUUAUUGAGUUAACGACCAAGUACCGGUCAUUUUCCCUUCCGGUGCGAAUUUCUUUGAAUGUGCUUCACAGAUGGGAAUCUAUCAAAGCAUGGGGGCACAACCUUUUGAAAACUCUCUACAGAAGAUAUCGAUGGGGGUUUAUGAUGGCAGGUUUUACAGCAUUGGCUAUGGCUGCCAUAAGCUGGAAUUUGGAAACCACUGAAACCUACUGGAUUUGGCAUAGCAUUUGGCACUUGACUAUUUACAUGUCGUCAUUCUUCUUCCUCUGUUCGAAAGCAAGAGUUUCGGACGGUGACAAUUCUUUGAUUGUUUUGAAUGGCGAGAACGAGAGAGGUUCAAGUGAAAAUUAUGAAUUGGCUAGGCAGGAUUCGUUGCCUAGACAUGUAUAGAAAGAAGUGGAAAUAGAGGCAAUUUUGCGAGUUCCAGCCCAUUGGGGACUUACACCAAGUAUAGCUUAUCAAUUAUACAUGUACUGUAAAUUAUUGUCCACAGGUUCGAUUUUUCUUUCGUGAUUCUUUCUUCUUUUGGUAGGAAAAAUAAGGCAUGAAUUGUGAAUAUGCAUAACUUAGAUUAGAUAGAAUCAUCCCUUGGUUUGGGAUCAUUGAGAAGUACAUUGGCACCAAAAAUAACUGGCUUAAAAGCUUAUGCCUAGUAACUAUUUCGAUUCUUAUUUAAUAAAUCUUAUAGUUGAGCUUUAUUCACCAAA